AUGGAAGCUGAAGAAACCUACAAAUUCCUGCGACAACUUCUACCCUUGAUUGAAUUUACUUGUGGAAUUUUCAGUUUCUUCUUUAAUGUUGUGUAUGGAGUCAGAUUUUGGAAGUUUAGACAGUUCCAUGAGAACCUCAGGAAAAGUAUUGUAAGUGUUUCCAAAGAGGUUAAGAUGGACGCUUUAGACAGAGAAAAGAAAAAAGUGUAAGCAGUCGGUGCUCUUUUCAAUGGCAUUGGCCUUUUUCACCCCGACAUCUCUAAUUCACUUUAUUUUGUAUUGGUGCCUAGUAUAAUAUAAAUGUGUUUGGCCUGGUACGGGCGUAGUUUGACUGCAAAACAGGCGAAACUUUCGGGUUUGAAAUUUCAUUCUGUAAUGUUUCGGAUGGUAUAGGUCCCGUCAAUUCACUCCGACAUCUCUAAUUCACUUUAUUUUUUACUGGUGUCUAGUAUAAUAUAAAAGUGUUUGGCCUGGUACGGGCGUAGUUUGAUUGCAAAACAGGCGAAACUUUCGAAUUCGAAAUUUCAUUCUGUAAUCUUUCGGACGGUAUAGGUCCCGUCAAUUCACUCCGACAUCUCUAAUUCACUUUAUUUUUUACUGGUGUCUAGUAUAAUAUAAAAGUGUUUGGCCUGGUACGGGCGUAGUUUGAUUGCAAAACAGGCGAAACUUUCGAAUUCGAAAUUUCACUCUGUAAUGUUUCGGAUGGUAUAGGUCCCGUCAAUUCACUCCGACAUCUCUAAUUCACUUUAUUUUUUACUGGUGUCUAGUAUAAUAUAAAUGUGUUUGGCCUGGUACGGGCGUAGUUUGACCGCAAAACAGGCGAAACUUUCGGGUUUGAAAUUUCAUUCUGUAAUGUUUCGGAUGGUACAGGUCCCGUCAAUUCACUCCGACAUCUCUAAUUCACUUUAUUUUUUACUGGUGUCUAGUAUAAUAUAAAUGUGUUUGGCCUGGUACGGGCGUAGUUUGACCGCAAAACAGGCGAAACUUUCGGGUUUGAAAUUUCAUUCUGUAAUGUUUCGGAUGGUACAGGUCCCGUCAAUUCACUCCGACAUCUCUAAUUCACUUUAUUUUUUAUUGGUGCCUAGUAUAAUAUAAAAGUGUUUGGCCUGGUACGGGCGUAGUUUGACUGCAAAACAGGCGAAACUUUCGGGUUUGAAAUUUCAUUCUGUAAUGUUUCGGAUGGUAUAGGUCCCGUCAAUUCACUCCGACAUCUCUAAUUCACUUUAUUUUUUAUUGGUGCCUUGUAUAAUAUAAAUGUGUUUGGCCUGGUGCGGGCGUAGUUUGAUUGCAAAACAGGCGAAACUUUCGGGUUUGAAAUUUCAUUCUGUAAUGUUUCGGAUGGUAUAGGUCCCGUCAAUUCACUCCGACAUCUCUAAUUCACUUUAUUUUUUAUUGGUGCCUAGUGUAAUAUAAAUGUGUUUGGCCUGGUACGGGCGUAGUUUGACUGCAAAACAGGCGAAACUUUCGGUUUUGAAAUUUCAUUCUGUAAUGUUUCGGAUGGUAUAGGUCCCGUCAAUUCACUCCGACAUCUCUAAUUCACUUUAUUUUUUAUUGGUGCCUAGUGUAAUAUAAAAGUGUUUGGCCUGGUACGGGCGUAAUUUGGCUCCAAAACAGGCGAAACUUUCGGGUUUGAAAUUUCAUUCUGUAAUGUUUCGGAUGGUAUAGGUCCCGUCAAUUCACUCCGACAGCUCUAAUUCACUUUAUUUUUUAUUGGUGCCUUGUAUAAUAUAAAUGUGUUUGGCCUGGUGCGGGCGUAGUUUGAUUGCAAAACAGGCGAAACUUUCGGGUUUGAAAUUUCAUUCUGUAAUGUUUCGGAUGGUAUAGGUCCCGUCAAUUCACUCCGACAUCUCUAAUUCACUUUAUUUUUUAUUGGUGCCUAGUGUAAUAUAAAUGUGUUUGGCCUGGUACGGGCGUAGUUUGACUGCAAAACAGGCAAAACUUUCGGGUUUGAAAUUUCAUUCUGUAGUGUUUCGGAUGGUACAGGUCCCGUCAAUUCACUCCGACAUCUCUAAUUCACUUUAUGUUUUGUUGGUGCCUAGUAUAAUAUAAAAGUGUUUGGCCUGGUACGGGCGUAGUUUGACUGCAAAACAGGCAAAACUUUCGGGUUUGAAAUUUCAUUCUGUAGUGUUUCGGAUGGUACAGGUCCCGUCAAUUCACUCCGACAUCUCUAAUUCACUUUAUGUUUUAUUGGUGCCUAGUAUAAUAUAAAAGUGUUUGGCCUGGUACGGGCGUAGUUUGACUGCAAAACAGGCGAAACUUUCGGGUUUGAAAUUUCAUUCUGUAAUGUUUCGGAUGGUAUAGGUCCCGUCAAUUCACUCCGACAUCUCUAAUUCACUUUAUUUUUUAUUGGUGCCUAGUGUAAUAUAAAAGUGUUUGGCCUGGUACGGGCGUAGUUUGACUGCAAAACAGGCGAAACUUUCGGGUUUGAAAUUUCAUUCUGUAAUGUUUCGGAUGGUAUAGGUCCCGUCAAUUCACUCCGACAUCUCUAAUUCACUUUAUUUUUUAUUGGUGCCUAGUGUAAUAUAAAAGUGUUUGGCCUGGUACGGGCGUAGUUUGACUGCAAAACAGGCGAAACUUUCGGUUUUGAAAUUUCAUUCUGUAAUGUUUCGGAUGGUAUAGGUCCCGUCAAUUCACUCCGACAUCUCUAAUUCACUUUAUUUUUUAUUGGUGCCUAGUGUAAUAUAAAAGUGUUUGGCCUGGUACGGGCGUAAUUUGGCUCCAAAACAGGCGAAACUUUCGGGUUUGAAAUUUCAUUCUGUAAUGUUUCGGAUGGUAUAGGUCCCGUCAAUUCACUCCGACAUCUCUAAUUCACUUUAUUUUUUAUUGGUGCCUAGUGUAAUAUAAAAGUGUUUGGCCUGGUACGGGCGUAAUUUGGCUCCAAAACAGGCGAAACUUUCGGGUUUGAAAUUUCAUUCUGUAAUGUUUCGGAUGGUAUAGGUCCCGUCAAUUCACUCCGACAUCUCUAAUUCACUUUAUUUUUUAUUGGUGCCUUGUAUAAUAUAAAUGUGUUUGGCCUGGUACGGGCGUAGUUUGAUUGCAAAACAGGCGAAACUUUCGGGUUUGAAAUUUCAUUCUGUAAUGUUUCGGAUGGUAUAGGUCCCGUCAAUUCACUCCGACAUCUCUAAUUCACUUUAUUUUUUAUUGGUGCCUAGUGUAAUAUGUAUAAAUGUGUUUGGCCUGGUACGGGCGUAGUUUGAUUGCAAAACAGGCGAAACUUUCGGGUUUGAAAUUUCAUUCUGCAAUGUUUCGGAUGGUAUAGGUCUCGUCAAUUCACUCCGACAUCUCUAAGGUUUGGGCCGCGAUGGAAUUUUUAAAAACGUGCCGAUUUAAUGACAUUUCUUACCAUGCUUUUAUGAAAAUUGCUUGCAGCUCCUCCUCAAUUUCGUCAUCAGCUUCUCUCCAAUUUUGCAUCCACUUGCAAUAUAUACUUCCAACGACAAUACUCCACUCCUCCAUGGAAACUACAGAGAAGCAGCAAUUGUAUACACAAUUCAUUUCUUCAACCAUUUAUCGUUACUAUUUUUGCACACAAAAUUUUUUAUUCUACUUGCUGAACGGGUGCUGGCUUAUCGGAAUCGGCGGGUUUAUGAGAACAGCAGGAACCGAUAUGUCUAUAAAAUCUUUGGAGUUGCGGUUGGUUUUGCGAAGGUUUUCUGCCGUUUUCUGAGACUUGUUUGCUUACAUUUUGUUCCAAAUUCUUUGUAUAAGACAUGUAUAAAAUAAGGACAAAUUUUGAAUAUUAUCCCCACCCUUUUUAGCUGGUCGCUUGUUUGUUGGAAAUGUGUGUAAAGCUUGCAUUGUAUCUUGAGUUUGACACCGAAGAUGUGAUAGAUAUGCGAUUAUAUAAAGCCUUAACAGUCGCUGGUUCACCCGCCUAUUUUUUGUUUAGCUUUGUGUUGGCGCAUGUGUGUGCAUAUGUCGGCUAUGUUGUAAGUUAUGGGCAUUGAACGUAGGAAAAAUCAUCCAAAAAAAACUUUUUUGGCUAUAAGCUUUUGAUGCAAAGGCCCUUAUUUGCAAAAUCACACUGUAACAUCCGGCUUGAAUUUGACCUUGGGAAUUGUUCCAAAAAAACACUUUUUGGCCAUAACUUCACUAGUUUGGUGCCGAACAAAAUUAUUUUUUUAGAAACUCUAUACGAUAGAAACAGAUAUGAAACUUUUCAUGCCAAAUCUUUUUAGUGCCUCCGGCGUCUAAAACGCAACGCAAACACCCAACGACAUAACAGUUUUUCCCUCAGCGAACGCUUCGAAUUGCGCCAGACCGAGAUGGUCACAAAAGUAAUGCUUCCCCUAAACUUUUGCUACAUGGCCACACUCUUUGCUCAGCUUGUUCCGGCUUGCCUCUGCGCGAAACUUACGUUCGGCGCAGCGGACGCGGAAUGGUGGAGGAUAUACGAGGUGUCCGUGCUGGUAAGGGCUUUUAACGUAAUUGAACUGGUAAUUUGUAGUAUUGUUAUGCGUGCGUCGGGAUGUAUAACCUGGUCGCAACGGUCUACACAUUUCGCAGCAUGAGAGCUAUGAAACGGCCAGGUCCGAAGAAGAUUCGUCCGCUGACGGCAAACGAUGAGACUGAUAAAUACUUUGCUCAACUCGAGAAUCAAUGGUCUACCGUGACGAAAAACAAUCAUUAA